AUGAAGAUUUUUGUGCAAGCAAUAGAUUACAGACUAUGGAAGAUCAUCCUUGAGGGUCCUCAGUUUCCAACCACUACAAGUGCUGAAGGAGUAAUCUCACUCAAACCAGAAGCCAGCUGGACCAAAGAAGACAGAAAGAAGGUGGAGUUCAAUGCCAAGGCUAUCAACUUGCUCAACUGUGCUAUCAGCUUCAAGGAGUACCGACAGGUAUCACGAUACACAAUGGCAAAGGAAAUCUGGGAUAAACUUCAAAUCACUCAUGAAGGAACCAUCAUAGUAAAGAAGACAAGGAUAGACAUGUUGAACAGAGAAUAUGAAAUGUUCUCAAUGAAGGAAGGAGAAUCAAUAGAUGAAAUAUUUGAAAGAUUCAACAUCAUCAUUGUUGGCUUGGAUGCUAUGGGAAUUACGUAUCCUUAUUUUGUGCUUGUGAGGAGAGUUCUUAGAUGUCUUACUAAAGAGUGGAAAACAAAAGGUUUAAUCAUAUCUGAGAGUAGUGGUCUAGAUUCCAUGACAUAUGAUGACUUGAGAGGAAACCUACUUGCUUUUAAAAACACUUAUUUGAAAAAAGAUUCAAAAAAGAAAGGAAUUGCUUUUACAUCUGUUACUAACCCCCUGGAUGAUGAAUCCAGUGAUAAUUCCUCUGAAAAGAAAUUUGUGUUGUUUGCCAAAAAAUUCAAGAAAAUGGUGAAGUUCAAAAAAAGAAGCAAGGAAAGCAGCUCAAGAAAACAAAGGAAAGAUCUCAGCAAGGUGACAUGUUACAACUGCAAAGAAACUGGGCAUUUCAAGUUAGAUUGCCCAAAGUUGAAGAAAGAAGAGAAGCCAAAGAAGGGAAAGAAGAAAGGGUUGAUGGCUUCUUGGGAGGACUUAGAAAAUAAUUCUGAAGAUGAUGAAGAAUCCAAAACCAAGUCUCAACCAUGUCUUAUGGCUGACCACAUUGAACAGGUAGUCAUUUCUAACCUUGACACUGAAACUCUUCAUCUUAUGAUAGAUAACUUUUUUGAAAAAAUAAGAUGCUUUUUGCUGGAUGAUCAAGAUCUUGAACAACAAAUCACCAUUCUUAAAUAA